AUGCAGUCCCUACGCAGCCGGAAGUCCGAGUCCCAGACGAAAGUGCAACGUUCGCCGAGCAAGCUCAUCCGGCAAAAUGGUCGUAGCACAACCCGUGUCGAUGAGAAGAUGAAGCGGCGCAUGUCCAUGCGCUAUGCUGAAAUAUCUUCUCCCACCGACGCAUUAGUGCCUGCGGUGCCCGCUCUUCCCAUCGGUCUACAACCAAUCAGUCCGAGUGGUAUCAUUCAUGAAGGGAUACCAGAAGUGGAAACUCCCAGAGAGGACCCGAGGCUGGCGGAGCUGAGGCUUCUGGACAAGGAUGAUUUUGAUCCCGAUGCAUAUCUCAAGCAGAAGAUGGCAAACUCAACAGAAGCACAGCUGAAGACUAUGCAGUCGUCGCUGCGAUCUCAGAGGGACGGAGUGGCUAAAGACUUGCAGCAGGACGUCUUCCGAAACUACGCUGAGUUUGUACAGAUAUCCAAGGAAGUCAGCGUGAUCGAGAACGAGAUGCUGGAGUUCAAAGACUGCCUCGCCGAGUGGAAGAACAUGCCUUCGCUCCUCCACAUUGAAGAAUCUUCCUCCGCUGCAGAGCGCAGACGAAAUGUCCGCUCUUCUAUUGCCGACCUGCGUGUCCUAUACGCCAACCAGAUGCAAACAUUACACACACAGAUCGAGGGCUCGAGCAAGUACGUGCCAACGACACCGGGGCGACAUGUCGUUGCAGAGAUGGACGGCAUCCUUGCGUUGAAUGCAGCGACGUACAAAGUGGAUCAUACAGUGCGCUUUGUCGUGCUGGACGAUGCGGUACUGGUUGCACGCAUCAGGAGGAGGCGGAAUAACGCGGAGAGCGAUAAGCUGGUUGCAGAACGGUGUUGGCCGCUCAACGAGAUGCUGGUGCUAGACACUAAAGAUACAGCAACGAUGUCGAACGUGUUCAAGAUCAGACAUGGCAAGGAGACGCUUGUGUACCGCACAGAGGCAUCUGCGGACAAGAAACAUCUGCUCUCGCAAUUCCGUCAGGUCGCCGAGGAACUUUCUGCUAAGAGACGAAAGGAGCGCGAGGUAGAGCACCUUGGUCGGAAGAGUAUAUGGGGUGGCGAUCGCGGCUCGAUGGCCUUUAGCGGCGAUGCAGUCCCGCCUGUCCCUACCUGGAUGGCGGAACUCGUGGGGCAAACCGAGAUGGGGUCGACCGCGAAGGAGAAGGCUGAACGCGAUGGGCGGUGGAUCAGCGAUUUCUGCGACGAACUGACGGUGGCUAUCGCACUGAGAGAGUGGGACAGAGCUGUCGGGCUGGUCGAACAAGGGGAGGCCCAGCUCCCAAAGAUGCCUGCGCUAGGCACGAAGCUGACCCCACUGAAGGCGUCGCUCACCUCACUAUUAUUACAGUCGCUGUCGAGUCCGUCGAACCGCAAGUCCGCCGUCACGACGUUGAUUGCGCUGCUUGUGCGCCUUAAGGCGAGCGCAGCAGCGCGGAACACGUUUCUCACGGCGCGUGAGGAGCUCAUGCGGCGGCGCGUGCGAAUGAUCCGGUUUGAGGGCCAUGUAGGCGUGUAUGUCGGCGACCUAGCGGUGGUGUACUUCACAGGAAUCAAGCAUACGGCAGACUGGUACUUGUCGAGUUUCAAGGAGAAUGAGGUUGCAAGCUUCUUCAUUGAAUGGGCAAAGAAGCAAGUUGAGUUAUAUGCGGAGCUCUUCAGAAAGCAGGUGUAUAGCUCCGAUGUGGACAAACAGACCGUUGAGGAUGCAAUCAAAAUCACACAUAUGCAGAGCAAGAAGUCUCUCGAGGAAUAUGGCAUUGACUUCCGCUUUCUAAUUGAUAAGCUACUCUCUGAGCAAAAGGAACCGUCGGGCGCGCGCAUUCCUGCUGCUCGUUCUACGCCUUCCCCAGUUUCGCCCACUCUGCGCUCCCCUACCCCGCGCUCCCCUGCGUCUCGCACGGCGUCUCCUGCGCCUCGUUCUGCGCGCUCGCCCACACCCACGCCAGCAAAUGCCAGUCUGGACGGAAUGCUGCGUGCGGCGCAGAUGCCGUUUGUGAACCCUGCGCCGCCACCACGCUCGAAGGAGAGACCAGGGAGCGCAGCGGGGCACCGUCCACCGCCAGUGGCUGUUCCAAAGAGAGAAGGAAUGUUUUGA